GGUUUCUAUGGAGACAGCGCGCGCGCACGCAGGCCAACAAGGCUAGCUUACUUCCGGAAUAUUUUUACGUCCCAAACUUAUUACUUUUACAGUAUUUAAUCAUUCUUAAUACGAAAUAAGAAAAGGAAACACUUCUCUCAGGGGGCGGAGCUUUGUAUACAUGGGUAGGAAUGGAGGCGGGGACAGCGAGUAAAAAACAACAACAUUCAAAUCUUCAACUUCACCUUCAAGUUUCACACCGUUUCCCGCAAACAUUAUCUAUGGCAUUUCAAAUUUUGUUGUUGUUGAACCUCUACACGUUAUGCACGCAUUGCGUUUUAUCUCUUCAAAUGAUUUCAAUAUAAAAAGUCCCAUGGAGGAAAACGAUGAGCUUUUCAGGUCUUCCAAAAAUACCCAUAAUGCAUCAAAGUACGAAGGACUCUCGCCCAGCAAAUCCACUCAAACCUGGACUGUAAAGACGUUACUGCAGGAGCAGAGAGACGAUGCAGACGAGUGGGAAACCUCAGAGGAGUGGCUCGAGUGGAGGAGCUUGGAGAGUUGUGGCCUCACUCUGCCCCACCUCCUCUCUCAGUGCUCCACUGCUGCUGUAUCUUACAGAGGGGAUCAGGCGGAUGCACAGCUGGAGAUCGACUCCGAGUCCCUCGCUGACUUCCAGAUGCAGCUUUACCAAGCGAUUGAGAUGUACCACAGGAGAAUACAGUGGCUGACUCGAGGCAGCAGAAAGAUCUUUGGGGUGGUGACAGGAUCCAGACUUGGAGUUCUCAUCGACUCUUCUGACGUGAGCUGCUCUGAAGAGAGGCUCUUCGAGCUCCAGCGCCACCUCCUGCUUCUCGUACAAGAGCAGUUAUGCCUGAAGAAGCAGCUGCACUUCCUGUCCAUAGGCACAGACGUCUGCAGUCUGUGGGAGAAACCGAGAGACGUUAACCCGAAGAGGCUGCAGGAGGUUCAGGAGUGGAUCCUGCGCCUGAGGCCGAGUGGAGAGUGCAACCUGCUCCAGGCUUUAGAGAAAACCAGGAGCCACGCCCAACUCGACAGUCUGCUCAUCAUCCUGAGCUCCUGGAAAACCUUUAACUCUGAAGUUUUUUUAGAGAACCAUCUAUUUCCUGGGACUACCUGUGAAGAAUACGAGAGAUUGUUGUCAGGUGCAGAGAGUAAUCAGUACUCGUCAGAUGUUCCUGCAGCUCCUUUAAUGUUGCCGUGGGUCUCCUGGAAGCCUCCCUGUCCUGACCAAGACAUGGAUAUUUUACUCUCCUACGCGUCUGAAAUGGUACAGGAGAUGUCGCUCACUGUUCACGUGGUGUCCUUCGAUUCCUGCGGUCCAGCAGCCGUUGCAGCUGUAAAGAACCUGAGUAAAGUCACAGGAGGGAGAUUUCACCUGUUUUCUGCUGCACUGGGUGUAGUGGACAGCAGUAGUGACUUGGAGCCUCUGUGGGCUGAAAUUAAAGCCGCACGAGACGUUCUCCGCCACGCUCAGGACGCGCGUCGGUGUGGGCGACUUAACCACGCGGUGGUGUCGAUCGUUUCAGAGAUCUCGACGGAUUUGGACGGUCUGUCUCUGUCUGAUCUGAACUCUGAAGCCCACGCCGCUGCCCACAGUGCUGCUCUGUGUGUCCAGCCUCCAGGUCCUCUCCCGUCCACCUCUGCUGAGUGGCUGAAAACACACGGCCUGAAAGCCAAGAAACUGAACCUGUACCAUGUGCUGGCUCCUAACGUCUACUCUCCACUGGAGGGCUUCGUCCCCAUACUGGGGAAGCACGUCCAGUCAAAAGUGCACGAGGAAGCAAUGGUGCAGUUUGAGUGGCACGACGGCACAGUGAAGAACAUGCACGUGGAUCUGCCCCUGCUGCAGAGUUAUCAGAGGCGGCUCCUGGAGGCCGAGCGUGUGUUGGAGGACAGGGUCACGUGGUUAAACAGUACCAGCAGCAGGCAGAUCUGGGGAACAGUGUGUGAACAGAGCGUGCAGGUCCUGCUGGACAUGUCCGACAUGAGCGUUCACCACCAGCUGCACAUCCAGCACGCCGUCCGACUCCUGCUGCAGGAGCAGCUUCCUAACACACACCGCUUCAACAUCGUAGCGUUUGGGUCAGAUGUGAAAGCGUGGAGAGAGCAAACGGUUUCCGCUAACCACCAAAACCUUCAGGAUGUCUGGCAGUGGGUUCAGGAAUUAGAGUGUGCAGGGGAUCGUAACACACUGGCUGCUCUCAGACACGCCGUGGAGACAGAACCACACGCCGAUUCCUCUCUCACUCGCGGAGUGUAUCUGCUCACCACCGGCACUCCAGACCAGGACAGCUCGGCCGUCUCUUCAUACGUGUCCGAGUUCUGCACCGGUCAGCGGGUUCACGUGUGCCUGUUCACCAGAGAGGACGAGCCGCCCCGAUGCUCAUCGUCCCGCGACGUGUCCCACGCCGAAGUCGCUCUGUUUCUGCGCAACCUAGCACACAGCGCUAACGGGCGCUUCCACUGGAUCACGGACACAGGUAUCGUGGAGAGCGAUGACAUCACCGCCCUAAUCAGAGAAAUGGAGAAGGCUGCUGAUUACUGGCGGAAGUGCUGCGAGUUGAUGGACUCUCUGCUCCAGCGGAGCUCCAGCGCAGAUCCAGAGGAGGCUCACGGUCGAGAGUGUCGCAGCCCAGCUCGGUGCGCUAAGCCUCACCCGCAGAUACGCACGCUUCCCCCUCCCAGAGAGACCCGACUGAGCUCGGCCAGGCUGGGGAGGACGGAGGCGAAGCGCUCGCCAACAUGGAGGCCAAACAGUGCCAGAGCAGUCAUUCCUCCUGCACUCCCGAUGGAUGGCUUUGAACCGGUCAGGCUUGCAAACUCUGCUAAAGCGAAGAAGAAGCAAACAGUCUCCCGCUCCGCCCUCGACUCGGAGGAGGGCAGCCCAGUAACUGUAGAUUCCGUUUAUAAGCAUCUGAAAGCAAACAGCACUCAGAAGUGUGUUAAUAUCCCUAAACACGAAGACCUCUCCUCCUCCAGACAGUGGCUGAAACGGUUUGGCGUCAGGAGUCUGAAACUGGACCUGCACAAGCUGCUGUCGGUUCCUGCGUGCACCCACCGUAAGAAGCUCGUACCCUCCGUCAGCAGGAGCGUGUCUGCAAAAUACUGCGCCAUCUUUCCCAGCGUGCACCUAAACGGACAAGUGCGGCAUCUGUUCCUGAGUUCGGGCGAGUUGAAGCAGUACCUGAUCCAGGCUGAAAGGCUUCUACAGCGUUACUCUCACAGGAUGCAGUGGCUGCUCUCAGGCAGCAGACGUGUGUUUGGCUGCGUGUUGGAGAGGGACGUGUGUGUCGUCCUGGACGUGUCGGGCUCCAUGUCGCCCUGCUUCGCCCGGCUGCAGAGAGAUCUGACCUCACUGAUCUGGGAUCAGCUGCACGCCAACAGAGUCAGAUUUAGUAUGGUGGUGUUCUCUGAAGAGGUGCGGGUGUGGCAGGAGGAGCUGCUGGAGGCCUCAGAGGAGAGGUGCAGGGACGCAGUAAUGUGGCUGGGUCAGCUUAAUACACACGGAGGAACCUCCAUCCUACAGGCACUGCAGGCAGCGUGUGUGUUCAGUGACUCGGUUGGUGUGUAUGUGAUCAGCGACGGUCGGUGGGACCGUAGCUGCAGUCUGGUGCUGAAGGAGGCCGAGAGACUGACGUCAGGAAAGCGCAUCACCAUCCACACGGUCACACUGAGCGGCCUGGACAGCACAGCCAUGUUUCUGAAGAGCCUGGCCCAUAAAACCAGAGGCCGGUUCCACCAGGUACCUCCAGCUGCAGACACGGACGUGGCCAGAGAGCUCCUGAGCAGCGGGUUCAGUGCUGGAGAGGACUCGGUUCUUCCUGAGUUUCACGGUGAUGAUCUGAAGAGGCUGAGGAAUGAGAUUGAAAAGUUGAGAAUGUUCCAGAAACAAGCCAAAGGCUUCAGGGAAAUGUUAUUGGUGAAGAAUCCAGAAGUCGGCGGCCCGAAGUAAACGAAUCAACGUCCACCCAAGCAUUUUAAUUUUUUUUGGACUGAUUUAAAAUCAUGAUCUGUUAAUUAAUUAAGUUGUCAGUUUCCGGUACACUGAUUUGGGUAUUAAAAAUAACCAUACAGCAUCUCCUCUGUUAUACUACGAUGGCAAAAAUACAUUCUUAGGUCUUUCAAUUUCUUAGGUGUCGGAUGGUGUCUUCUGGGGGUGGGUGCACGGUGGCUUAGUGGUUAGCACGUUCUCCUCACACCUGCAGGUUGGGGGUUCGAUUCCCACCGUAGCCCUGUGUGUGUGGAGUUUGCAUGUUCACCCCAUGCUGCGGUCCAAAGACAUGCAUGGUGGGCGUGUAGGGAUCGGUGUUUCCAAAGUGUAUGAAUGGGUGUAUGAAUCACUGCGCCCAUCUUCAGUCGUCUUGUCUCAGUCUUGCCACUGGAUCAUGGCGGUCACCGGGGAGUGAUAGUGAGGCCGAUGCUGAGAAGUCUUCCUCACUUUAAUCCAAUUCACGCGCAAGUCGAGUCCCAGUUUGUGCUCUCCAAAAUGGAGGCAGAAACCGUCGAAAUCGACAGAUGAACUCCUGUGUGUGUGUGUUUGGCCAUUAUCGGGCUUUGUGUGCAAAUGUCUAAUAUACUGUAUCCACUUAAACCAAGAUGUGAAAACCUGUUUCUGAAUCUUACUUAAUGUGUGUUCAAGUUUCUGCUUAUUUAGUGUUAAAUUACAAAUAAAAUUGAUGACCUGAAUAAUAAUAAUAAUAAUGAUAAUAAUAAAAAGUUUCCAAUUCUUUUGGAUUA